GCCGGGCUGUUUCCGGUCGCGGCUGCGGGGCGGGCGUCGGGGUCGCUGCGCAGCGCGGAGGGUCUGUGGCGAGCCGGUGGGAGCACGCGGGCGCAGCCGGCCAGGUCUCCCACCCCCCCCCGCCAUGUCGGAGAGCGCGGAGGGUCCCGCGGGGGGCCGUAGCCCCCCGGAGUCCCCUGCCCAGGGCUCCGCCGCCGCCGCCGAGCCGCGGAUCAUCAAAGUCACGGUGAAGACGCCCAAAGAGAAGGAAGAGUUCGCCGUGUCUGAGACCAGCAGUGUCCGGCAGUUCAAGGAAGAAAUCUCUAAGCGUUUCAAGUCCCACACUGAUCAGCUGGUGUUGAUAUUUGCUGGAAAAAUUUUAAAAGAUCAAGAUACAUUGACUCAGCAUGGAAUUCAUGAUGGACUUACUGUUCACCUGGUUAUCAAAACGCAAAACAGAUCACAAGACCACCCAGCUCAACAAGCAAACACCACUGGGAGUACUGCUACCACUUCAACAUCAAGCGGUAGUACCUCAACACCAGCUUCAACAAAUAGUAACCCUUUGGGCUUGGGUGGCCUCGGUGGUUUUGCAGGUCUGAGUAGCCUGGGCUUAAAUACAUCAAACUUCUCAGAGUUGCAAAGUCAGAUGCAACGGCAACUUAUGUCCAACCCAGAAAUGAUGGUUCAGAUAAUGGAAAAUCCAUUUGUUCAGAGCAUGCUUUCAAAUCCUGACCUGAUGAGGCAGUUAAUUAUGGCUAACCCUCAAAUGCAGCAACUGAUACAGAGAAAUCCAGAAAUCAGUCACAUGCUGAAUAAUCCAGAUAUAAUGAGACAGACACUAGAACUUGCUAGAAACCCUGCAAUGAUGCAGGAAAUGAUGCGAAACCAAGACCGAGCGUUGAGCAACCUUGAAAGUAUACCAGGUGGAUACAAUGCCUUACGACGUAUGUACACAGAUAUUCAGGAGCCAAUGAUGAAUGCAGCACAGGAACAGUUUGGAGGUAACCCAUUUGCUUCUUUAGUAAGCAAUGCAUCAACAGGAGGGGACAGUCAGCCAUCUCGUACAGAAAAUAGAGAUCCUCUACCAAAUCCCUGGGCUCCUCAGUCCAGCUCGCAGACUUCCACAACAAGUACCACCACCAGUGGUGAGAGUGGUGGCAGCAGUAGUGCUGGAAACAGCACCUCUGGCAGCACAGGGCAGAGCUCAACUGUACCAAAUUUGGGACCUGGACUAGGAGCUGGUAUGUUCAACACACCAGGAAUGCAGAGUUUAUUGCAGCAGAUAACAGAAAACCCACAACUUAUGCAGAAUAUGUUGUCUGCACCCUAUAUGAGAAGCAUGAUGCAGUCAUUAAGCCAAAAUCCUGAUCUUGCUGUACAGAUGAUGUUGAAUAAUCCUUUAUUUGCUGGAAAUCCUCAACUUCAGGAACAAAUGAGACAACAACUUCCAACUUUCCUUCAGCAAAUGCAGAAUCCUGACACGAUAUCAGCUAUGUCAAACCCCAGAGCAAUGCAGGCUUUGCUACAGAUUCAGCAGGGCUUGCAGACGCUAGCAACAGAAGCACCGGGGCUUAUACCAGGAUUUAAUCCUGGUUUAGGUGGAUUAGGAAGCAUUGGAGCUCCUGCAGGGUCCACUGUACCUAGUUCUGCUCCCAGUGACAGUACAAGUCCAACAUCAGGAACUGCUGAACCUGGUCAUCAGCAGUUUGUCCAGCAAAUGUUGCAGGCGCUUGCUGGUGCAAAUGCUCAGCUUGAAAUUUUAUUCUUAGCAGUUGCAAAAUCCAGAAGUUCGAUUUCAGCAACAACUGGAGCAGCUGAGUGCAAUGGGCUUUCUGAACCGUGAAGCAAACUUACAAGCGCUAAUAGCAACAGGAGGAGACGUCAGUGCAGCUAUUGAAAGGCUGCUUGGUUCUCAGCCUUCAUAGCAGUGUUUCUUUAACUUGAAAAAAUGUAAUUUAUUUUUGAUAACAACUUCUAAAUCUUUAAAAUAUUUGCUUUAUUUCAUUCUGACUCUUGGGAUUGUCUUGUUACAACUAAAAUCAAUCUGAUGCAUUUUAAGGUGGAGUGCAGUAGUUUUCUUCAAAUAGUGGGAAUCAAUGCAUUUUCACUUUUGCAUGCAUCACACUUUUCUGCAUUAUUUGUGAUUUUUUUGAAACAAUCUCAGCUUUCACAGUUGGGUGAGCAGGUUUUGUCUGACUUACAACUGUCCAAUUUAUUUACUACUUAAGCAUUAGCUUUCAGUAGUAAUUUAUGUAGAAUACAAAUUAAAAAGGAAACAAAAUUAAUUGAAGCUACAAUUUGUGGGUACCAAUACUGCUUAUUGUGAUUUUGGCAUGGUGGUUUUUUUGGGGUUUUUUGCUAGCAAAAUGGUGAAAGACUUACACCACUUCAGUUACUACCUUUUUUUUGCUUUAAUUUGUAUAAACACAAUAUAUACAAUGGAGACAGCUCAUUUCUGGAGAUUUACACAUUGCAAUAGAAUGAGAUUAUAAGAAAUGCAAAAAAGCCAGGGGAAAAAAAAAGUUGUAAGACUCUUUUCAGUGUAGAAUCUUUCAGCAUCUUUGACUACCAUGUCAGCAAAAAUGCUUAAGCAAGUUCAGCUAAAAUAUACUAGAGUUACUGUUCUGGUUAUCUCUUUAAAUCUAACUGUACAGAAACUUGCAUUGUAACAUUGUUUCAAUAUUCACAAAGAUUAACUGUAAAUUACCUUUAUUAUUGUGCAAAUUAAAGGGGCACUGACUUGUGCUCUGGAACGGCUUCUAAGGCUUUUUGGCUUGUUCCAUUAGGAUUCUAACAUGUAUUCUGAUUUGUAAUUGGAAAUAUUACUUUCAUUCAUGGUCAUGUGAUAUUCUAAUUACUUUUAACAACCAUGUAAAAAAUACUGUAUAUCUCCUGAGUUUUUAUUGGUAGUUACUUCUCUUGUGCACAGGUAAUAAAUGAAUUAAAAGAAUCUUUAAGCAUCUUG